GGGCCCGAGGAAACGCGCGGCGGGAAGAAAGGCCACGCCACGCCACGCAACCGUCGUCGCGCUCCAUCGCCUCCUCCUUCCCCUUCUCCCUCGCCGAGAAAUUUCGUGAUCCACCGGCCGGCGAGAUCCUCUCCAAGCUGCCGCGGUCGUCGCCGCCGGUGGCGAUGGGCGGCGACCACUACCAGACGCUGGGGCUGCGGCAGGACGCCACCAAGGCCGAGGUGAAGGCCGCCUUCCGCCGCCGCGCGCUCCGCGACCACCCGGACCGCCACGCCCACUCCCCCGACGCGGCCGCGCGCGCCGACGCCGCGCGCCGCUUCCGCCUCGCCUCCGACGCCUACAGGGUCCUCUCCGACGACCGACUCCGCGCCGAGUACGACCUCCGCAUCCGCUCGUCCUCCUUCUACAGCCGCGCCUCCUCCUCCGCCUCCGCCUCCGCCUCGGCCUCGGCCUCCUCCUCGUCGGCCUCGUAUGACUACGGCUACGGCUACGGCCACAGACGCGGAGGUGGUACCUGGCGCCGGCCGCCUCCGGGCGGAGGGGGCGCCGCCUCGGCCGGAUUCGAUUGGGACUUGCUGCUGAAGUCGGUCACGCGGCGAGGGUUCCUCAUCAAUCUGGGUUUCGCCAGUGUACUGCUGACUGGAGCAGCUUUUCUUGAUGGAAGUAUUUUAGAAAUCUGGAAGAUGAAUAAUUCUGGGAAAUCAUUUGAGGAUGCGAUGGAAUCAAUUGAGAAGGUCAAAAUACAGAAGGGAAAUAGGUAGAAGUUAUAUCGACUUUCCGUAUAUAUAUACAUAUAUGUAGAAAACCAAUGUGCAUAUACUGUUGUUCAGGUGGUGAUAUGUUGUAAUGCGUGUGUUCUGAAUAAUUUAUUUCUCGCGAAGUCAUGAUUGAUCCUUGUAAUCUCAUUGAUCAGUAUUCUCUGCUAGAGAAAAAUGAGUAUCUCAUGUUGGAGUACUCAUUUAAGUUGUAGCCCCGUAUAUGCUUAUGUUCUUCAAAUGCAAAAGAGUGCCGGUUACAGGACUUGGCGACUUGCAGUGUGUACGUCAAAGAGGCUCAAACCAUGGGUGACUGAAAUAUGUUGCGGACUUCAUAAGUUUUCAA